CUGCUAACAGUUGAGAAGUCCAAGUCGAGCACUUGAAGCGCUUGUCGACCGAUGCAGCGCUGUAACCAGCAACUCAUGUAUAUCUUAUCCGCACAGAGAGCGAUUCGGAUGCGAUCGGACCCGAGGGUAUCGACAAGCUCUGUGGCGACAUUGGUAUCAGCUCCGACAAUCUGGGAAUCCUUCUGUUGUUCUACAAGCUGCAAGCAAAAACGAUGGGCUAUGUGACCAAAGCUGAAUGGCAGGCGGGAAUGAAGGCACUAAACGUUGAUUCAGCCGAGAAGCUCGUCAAGGCCGUGGCUCGACUGGAAGACGAUAUGAAAGACAUGGCCGUCUUCCGCGACUUUUACAUUUGGCUGUUCACCUUUGCCAAGGAUUCUGAGCAGCGCAACCUCGAGAUUGAUGCCGCCAAAGCACUCUGGCUGCUGGCUCUUCCGUCCAGCCGGUAUCCUACCGUCAGCAAAUUCCUUGCAUUUCUGGACGAAGCCCGUCCGCUCAAGGUCAUCAACAAAGACCAGUGGCGCAGUCUACUCGACUUUUUGGUGAUGGUGCCGGGAGACUUUAGCAACUAUGACGAUUCGAACGCAUGUAGGUGCCCGAUCGGUGCCCGAGCGAGGACAUGGUCGCUUGCACAGGGAUCUGGGCAGGCUCAAAGACGGCCGCGUGGGGCCAGGUUACUAACAGUGCGUUCUUAUUGUCGCAACCAGGGCCAACGUUGUUUGAUCAGUUUGUGGCAUGGGCCCGCAAAUCGGCGCCAUGAAAUGUAUCGAUAGGGCUGCCGAUAGACUUUUGCUUGACUACAAUCACUGCCUUCUGUUGACCAACUGCUUGUAUUGCUGGAUACCUUUGCGUCGGGCGCAGCCCAUAUAUUUUCAAUCUCGGGAGAAAGACCGGGCUCAAUGCCAUCCAUCCAUCCAUCCAUCAAUACAGGUUCUGAUGAAGUGA